AUGUCUCAACCGAAGAAAAAAUUAUCUUUAGAAGAACGUCUUUCUCUGGCUACGAAAAAAGGGAAGAAGAAAUUAAAGAAACCAUCUUCUACUUCAACUGCUAGUUUGGCAACAUUAACAACGGAUGAUGAUGAUAACGAUAUUCAAGGAAACAUAAGAAGUUCGGUAUCAUCUACCCCUGUACCCAAUUCACCGAGUAUUGUUCCUAAUGCAGGACAUGAAGUAACAGUUCCUGAUAGUGAUAUACUUUCUACUAGUAGUCUUUCACAAAAACAUGACACUGAUGAAAAUGAUAAAACUUUUUUCGAAGAAAAGAGCCUCAAUGCAGAUGCAUCGCAACAACAAAAAGAACUUGUAAUUAGCGAAGGUAUGAGAUCAUGGUUACCAGAUAAUUAUGAAAAUUUACCAAUAUUGGAAGUAUUAUCGUCAUACGUUCAACCUAAAAUAGGAUCAAUACAAAAGGAAAAUGAAAAUUUGAAAUCACAAUUAAAAGAUAGUCAAACUACUACCAAGACUGAUUCUAGUCUUUUUAAAUUAAUUAGAGAUAAAGAAGAUAUAAUAGAACAAUUAAAGAAAGAAGGUGAAACAUUAUCCAAAAAUGAAUUCAAAAAGUCAAAUCAAGUUAAAAGUUUAAAGAAAACAAUAUUGAAUAUGGAAGAGGAGAUAUCUGACCUACAUAACCAAUUGAAUGAUAAAUCUGAUGAACUCGAUUCAUUAAAUGAAUCAUAUAGCAAUAUUCAAACCGUUUUGACUGAAUCUAAUGAAAAAAUUUCUCGAUUGUUAAAAGAUAAUGAAGAAUUAGUCAGUUUGCAAUCAGAAUUGAAUGUCAAAAAUGAAAAAUUGAACGAAUUAACAGAAGAAUUAUCAACUACAUCUACAACUUUAAAUGAUGAAAAAUUAAAAUUACAAGAUGAACUUGAUAGUAUUAAAGAAAUUAAUAAUAAACAUAUAAUGAAUCUAGAAUCUACUAUUGAAGAGUUGAAAAUUGAAUUGGAAAAUAAUAAAGAUACAACCCGAGAUCAAAGUAGCAGUUAUCUUAUUAAUAAUAGCAACAACGAUAACUCCAGUACAUCUCUCCAUAAUGUUAGAAACCAAUACGAGCUUAUUCAACAGCAAUUCAAUUCAAGUAAACAAAAUUGGGAAAGUAUUGAAUUUUCACUUAAUACUAAAAUAACCGAUUUAAAUACAUUAUUAAAGGGAUCAAAAGAUGAUAUUGAUAAAUUAGAAAAGAAAAUAGAUGAACUUAAACUAGAGAACUCACAAUUAAACUCUCAAUUAGAUAAGGAUCAUGAAAAAAUCUCAAAUCUAACAGAAGAGAAAAAAUCAUUAUCUUCUGAACUUGAAUCUUUGAAUAAGUCAUUACAUGAUUUAAGAGAAGAUCACGCGCUUUUGGAAAAAAAGUAUAAUAUUCAAAAAAGUCAACUACAACAAAACAUUGUUCCAUCAAGCAUAUCCUCGAGAGGAAACAGUAUAGAUAAUUUCCCUGCUACUCUUGAUAGUACUGCUCAAGAUAAAAUUAACAGCAAGACAAAAAGUGAUAUUGUUUUACCUAAGAGGAAAAACAUAUCAUUAUCAUCUACAACCUCUAAUGAUGCGAUUAUAUCAACAUUUCAAAAACAAUGGUUAAAUAGUGGUAACAUCCCAUACACAAAUAAUGCAGAAGAAAAUAUUGAUAACCAAAUAGGUGAUGUGAUUCAAAAUUCUAAUAUUUUAGGGGAUGGGAAUUCCACUUUAGCUAAUGAAAAUAAUGAUCAUUAUUAUCAUUCAGAUACUAUGAAUGAUAUAUCCAUUAAUGUUACUGAUGAUGAUGAUAUUCCAGACGAAGCAGCAGCAUUACAAUCUUUAUUCCAAAGAAAUCCAUCGAUACCCUUUACUCCAUCCUUACGUAAACCAAGUACAGCAAUGCAAAGUACAAACACUAAUGCACAAAUUAUGAAUGCACAAAUGUUGAGUCGGUUAGGUUCAGAAAUAAGGUGUAUGGAGGGAGAGUAUCGUUCUUUAAAGGAAUCGUAUGAUAGAUUACAAGCUGAGAAAAAUAAUGCUAAUGAAGAAAUAUUGAAGCUUCUGAAGAGCAAUGAAGAUUGUACAAGAUUGAAUGAAGAAAAUACCAAAUUGAAAUCAGAAAUUGAUCAAUUACACCAUAAAUUAGAGACAUCACUACAACUACUGGGAGAGAAGACGGAAACUGUAGAUGAACUAAAGAAUGAUGUAGAUGAUUUGAAAGAAAUGUUACAUCAACAAGUGCAACAAAUGGUGGAGAUGCAAGAACGAAUGGGUUGA